UUAAGUCCAUCACUCUUUACGCUGAUCCUUCCCUAAACCCCGUGAUAUCCAAAACAACAUAACAAAGUGGGGGAAACAUGGCGAGCGAAGAGGAGGCCAGAAGACGCCCCUCGGUUACCUCGUCUUCGGUCGGCUUGGAGGCUCUGUUCCCUGCAGGGACGUCGGAGCAGACUUGCGCGGACGUAAACCCGGAGCUCCUCCGCCUGCGGGAGCGUCUUCAGGGUUGGCUAUCGCAGUAUGAGCCCCUGCUGCUGUGGGUGCAGAGGCUGCUGGUCUGGGAGAGGCCGUUGUACAGCAUCUCUGUCGCCCUGACACUCAACACUUUAUUCUGGCUGCUGUCAUCCACCUCCCUGCGGCCUCUGUUCCUGUUGAGUGUGUCCCUGCUGGGACUCAUGCUACUGGAGAGAUGGAAGCCAAAGUUGCCCAUCAUCACUGUUCAACAUGCAGAGGCUCACCAUGUACGAAGCGAAACAGUGAGCGGCGAGCAGCGUCUGCUCAGCAUUCCUGAGCUCAGCCAUCACCUGGCUGAGAGUUACCUGACCUGCUGCCUUUACCUGCAAGAGAUGCUGCAGUACAAACGACAGAACCAUGGCAAGUUCUGUGCGAUGAUGUGCAGUGGCUGUUUUGUACUUGCUGUGGUUGGACAUUAUGUACCAGGAAUCAUGAUCUCCUAUAUUAUAGUCCUUAGUGUGCUGUUGUGGCCGUUGGUGGUAUACCACGAACUGAUCCAGAGGAUGUACACAGGCCUGGAGCCAAUCCUGAUGAAACUGGACUACAGCAUGAAGGGUGAUACUGAACACCGCAAGCACGACAAGAGGAAGGUGAAGAAGGAGGUGGAGGAAGGAGACGAGCCAAGAGCUGAAACGGAGAGUGAGAGCGAGGAGGAGCUGUCCUGUUUCGCCCCGACGGUGGAUGUGAAGACCACAGCUUUGGCGAUGGCCAUCACGGACUCAGAGCUGUCAGACGAGGAGGCAUCCAUCUUGGAGAGCGGAGGGUUUUCAGUGUCCAGAGCCACCACUCCUCAACUCACUGACUUCUCUGAAGAUCUGGACCAGCAGAGUUUACACAGUGACCCUGAGGAGUCCUACAUGCGGGAUCUCCCUGAGUUCCCCUCUGUUGAGGAGUUUCCAUCCGUGGAGCACAGCCUGCUUCACUUCCCUCUUCGGGGCCAGGGUGACGGAGCCCAGGCUGGCGCGCAGUCAGAGGACGAACCGUUGAGCCCAGCCAGCCUCCUCAUCCAGCACUUAGCGUCUCCGCUCCACUUUGUGAACACGCACUUCAAUGGACAUGGACGACCACCUGGGCGCGAGGAGGGCGUGUUGCCCGUGCCAGCUGCAGGGCAGGAAGCGGGGAGGCAGGGGGGAGAGGAGAAGGUGGAUGCAGUAGACCAGGGUGCGCAGCGCUCCCUGGAGGCCUUGAGCGAGGAGAUAGUGAGCACAGCCAUCUCCACUGUGGUGCAGAACACUCUGUCAGCCCUGCUGCGCUCCAGUGAGGCCAGCGAGGAGCCCUCCCUGGCCGAGUUCCUUCCAACCGAAACCCUACCGGGUGUCCUGGAGACCUCCACCCAACCCACCGAAUCCACUGGUCACACUACAGUUACUACGGUAGGGGCGCUGGGGGCUGACGAGGACCUGGACGAGGCAAUUAAGAAAGAAAGCUGCGUUGGCGAGGAGAUGCACGACGACACACUAGUUCCGACCGAGGAAGAGGACUUUGAGCUUCUGGACCAAAGUGAACUGGAGCUGGUGGAUGAGGGGCUGGAGCUCAGCUCUGACAGACAGGUGUUGGGAGGAACCUCAGGAGCUCCAGAGACACCUCCAUGUCCUCCGCAUCAACCACGGUCAUAGCUUCCCCAUUUCCUCCCCCUGCCCCCACCUCUAACUAUUUUGUUUUUAUUUGUACGUUAGAACUACAUUAUAUCCAUACAUACUGCUAUAUACAAAACAUUUAUCAAAGAGUUUGGCAUUUAACACUGUUGGGUGGCGAUUGUUUGGCAGAUGGUUGAGAUCACUCAAUGCGUUUUGCUUUCAUAGCCUCUCAUUUCAAUGGUCUGUUCAGUCUCGGUACCCGAGUUGUUUCUAGUCCAGGACCAUCACAUUAUCGGGAUCAUCAAGUGGCAUAUACCAAUGACACAGCUUUGUUCUGUACACGUAAAUAACAUAAUUUUGACCCAAAUCAUCAAUAAUGCAUUUGCCUGGUGGUAUCAUGUUCAUUGAGAGUAGGUUAAAGGCAGAACUGGCUUGAGUUAACAGUUCCAGAGACAACAUUAUAAUCAGGGUUUGCAAAGUGUUAGUACCUAUGCUGUUAUUUUCUACCUUGGCUUACCCUUCCAUCUUGUUUUGGUUCAGACGCAGACGUUUAUCUAGAUGAUGGUAUGAAGAGUUGAAAUAAUGGAUAUAACUAUUAAUAUAUGCUAUAAAUUAUUUAAUUUAACAGUAUCGGUUGAUGAAACGUCUUUGUUGAGCUGAGAGGGGAGGAAAUGAAAUCCCUUCAGUUGCCCAUUAUGAUUGUAUGAUGACUGGCCCCAUAGAUGCGCAGGUUUGAAGUGUAGUCCCCAAAGGUAGACUUAGUAAAAGAAAUCGUGUUACCCUUCAAUUUAUCUGAGCCUCCCAAGUUUUCCAAGGUUCCAGUUUGGACAGAAGCAUUCAGUCAUUAGUGGUCUUUCACUUGUUGCCUGGAAAUAUAAUCUGUGACAUCGUUGGAUGUUGACAAGCAGUACAUCUUAAACCAUUGUUGCAAGAUAAAAGAAAUGUUCCCAAAUUCCCUCUCUGUGAUUGAUGGUUCAUUUUGAUUCAUAUUUGUGAAUAGCAUUUCUUUCCACCCAUCUGUAUGUAAUUGGUAUGUAUACGUAAUUGAAUUUACUCUAAAUCUUGUUUGAAAAAUGCAGGCUUCUUCCUGUCUGUACCCAACUAUUUGUAACGUGUACAGUCAUCACUGGGAUUUGUAUGUUUACCAAUUAACCUCCUUAGUGCCAUGACAAGUCCAUGCAUGCCAUGCAUUACGCAUGUAUUUACCACGAUCGACUUUUGAGCUCAAUUUUCGAAAGUGCGUUACUCAUACUGGAGCAGUUGUUGUGUCGUCGGAAGGACAUAAUUGUUUAACAGUUACACUUUAUGUAUCAUGGCCGCUGCUGGGGUUUUCUGGAAAAUUGCUGACACGACGUGAAGAAAUCUAGCACUAUGCUUGACUGUAUAAAAAGGCCGGAUUUGCUUUUGUAAACCACUCAGCAUCCAAAUCUCAGGGGUGGGUUGUACAAAUUGAAUAUAGCUUUGCAGAAACGUGUCCAUUUCCCUGACUUGUCGUAGUGCAUUGUAUUUGUACUAACCUUUCCUUUUUUUUUUUCCAGUCAAUGCCUCCUUGUGUAUAGUGUAGAAAUGCUUCAAAAGAAAGUGUAUAUCCUGCAUGUAAAAACAGCACUCUGUUCAAGUUUUCCUUAUCAACUGACAAAGUACUGCACAGUUUGUGAGAAAAAAAAAUUUGUUUGAAUGUUUCAGGUUAAAAGAGCCGAUUAAAUUCAGUUUGUUUAAUAUUUAAUUACCAACCAGGGGAAGACAAGUUUUGAUGUGUCCUCAAUUUAGAGACUACCCAACUGUAAAUGGGAUUGGGUGGCAAGUGAUAACGUCAGAGUUAGAGAAGGAUAUUAACAGACUAGUUUGUGUAUGGUAGUAUUGUGUUAUAUUAUAUGCUUCUUGAACUAUCUAAAAAAAAGGCACUUACUGAACUGUACAAUUUAAAAGAAAAAAAAAAAGGAAUAUAUUUUCUAAUUUCUCCUUUUUCCAUAAAGUACUCAGUUUGAUCUUUUACAUCUAAAAAUACAGCAGCCAUGGAUGAGUCUCACGAAGCGCUAAAAAGAGUUCAUGUCAUGAAACUUGGUAAAACAAAACUUCAACUUUUCCACAUGUGAAAGUAAGAGAAUAAAAGAACAAACUGAAACAAA